GUCGGACGUAUUAAGGUGUAACAACGGCGUUUUCCAAACAUCCGCCGUGGCUCGCAGUGUUAUGAAAGCAUGAUUAGCAUGCACGGUCCAGACUGCGCCACCCCGGACGCCACCCGACCGAUGGCCUAGUUUUCAUGGCUUAUUUCGGACCUCGGCUGGGAGUGUCACGCAUCUUCCCGCCCCGUGUGUCCGCCUUCAGACUCCUCGGCACGGUCAGGAUGGACGACAUGGGUCUGGCAGUGGGUCGGUCCGCUUUGGAGCGGCUCGACUUCGACAACGUCGUCCUCAAGAAACUUCCCGUGGACCCGUCCGAAGAGCCGGGGGUGCGACUGGUGAAAGGAGCGUGUUUCUCCCGGGUCAAGCCGGAGCCGCUGAGCAGCCCUCGGUUCGUGGCCGUGUCGCGCGGAGCCCUGGCGCUGCUGGGGCUCGACGGAGACGAGGUCACGAGCGAUCCCCUCGGACCGGAGUACCUGAGCGGGUCCAAAGUCAUGCCCGGCUCCGAGCCCGCGGCGCACUGCUACUGCGGUCACCAGUUCGGACAGUUCGCCGGGCAGCUGGGGGACGGGGCUGCCUGCUACCUCGGAGAGGUGAAGGUUCCUCCGGGACAGGACCCGGAGUUGCUCCGGGAAAACCCAAGCGGCCGGUGGGAGAUUCAGGUGAAGGGAGCCGGACUGACUCCCUAUUCCAGGAAAGCCGAUGGCCGAAAAGUCCUGCGGUCCAGCAUAAGAGAAUUCCUUUGCAGCGAGACGAUGUUCUUCCUCGGUAUUCCCACCACCAGAGCAGGCUCCGUGGUUACCUCCGACAGCAAGGUCAUAAGGGACGUCUACUACAGCGGCAACCCCCGUUACGAGAGGUGCUCAGUGGUCCUCCGCAUCGCUCCCACCUUCCUCAGGUUCGGAUCCUUUGAGAUCUUCAAGCCGGCCGACGAGUUCACGGGGCGGCAGGGUCCCAGUUAUGGACAGGAACAGAUCCGAGGUCAGAUGUUGGAUUAUGUCAUCGAGAUGUUUUAUCCUGAAAUCCAAGAGAGCCACCCAGACCGGGUGGAGAGAAACGUGGCUUUCUUCAGAGAGGUGAUGUGUCGUACAGCUCGACUCGUGGCUCAGUGGCAGUGUGUGGGAUUCUGCCACGGCGUUCUGAACACCGACAACAUGAGUGUGUUGGGACUCACUCUGGACUAUGGUCCAUAUGGCUUCAUGGACAGGUUCGAUCCAGACUUCAUUUGCAACGCGUCAGACAACUCUGGGCGAUAUUCAUACAAGGCGCAGCCGGCUAUCUGCCGGUGGAACCUGGUGAAGCUGGCAGAGGCUCUGGCUCCAGAGCUGCCAGAGGAUCGGGCCAAAGCCGUGAUAAAUGAGUACCUGGAUUGUUUCAAUCGCUUCUACCUGGAGAACAUGAGGAGGAAACUGGGCUUGCUCAAAAAGGAGGAGCCCGAGGAUGAGAUCCUGAUCACCGAACUGCUACGGACAAUGCACGACACAGGUGCUGACUUCACCAACACCUUCCGUAGCUUAGCUGAGAUUUCCUGUCCAUCAGAGGGAGACACUGAGCUAGAAAAGGAGGUCGUUAAGAACGCCACAGAACUCCUUGUUGCUCAUUGUGCUUCUUUAGAGGAGCUGAAGUCGGCGAACACACCCACAAUGGAUCCACGUGAAUUGGCAAUGUUGCUGUCGAUGGCUCAGAGCAACCCGUCUCUGUUUGAGAUGAUCUCGGACAGGGCGACCAUAGCGAGGCAGCUGGACAGAAUGAGCAAACUGAAAGUCCUGAUGGAGACCAGCGAGGAGGAGCUGAGAUCCAGGCAGGUUCAGGAGUGGACCUCCUGGAUCACUCUCUACAGGAAACGUCUGGCCCGGGAGCUGGAGGGUCAGAGUGACGUGCAGGCCGUCCGGGAGGAGAGGGCGAGGGUGAUGAACGGCACCAACCCUCGCGUGGUCCUCAGGAACUACAUUGCUCAGAACGCGAUAGAGGCUGCAGAGAACGGGGACUUCUCUGAGGUUCAGCGGGUCCUCAAGGUUCUGGAGAAGCCUUUCUCUUCUCAGCCGGGACUGGAACUUCCUGCCUGGGUGGGUUCGCGGGGGAGCUCCGCACGAGCGGAAAGGGAGGACGGCGAGGAGCAACAGCAGGGAGCCGCCGCACCGUUGAAAGCCGCAGACCCUGUGCCGUACGACAGCAAGCCCCCGGCUUGGGCACGCCAGAUCUGCGUCACAUGAUCUUCAUAAACUUCCUCGAUUGCUGUCCUGCCUAAUAGAACAAGAGAGUUGGAAGGUGUUGGUUGAUCUUUUUUUUUUUUUUACACCUUUUAUAUCCCUGUACUAUUUUACUCGCUGUCCAGCUUUCUUUUCAGCUUGGGCAAGGCAGCAACGAGGGAGUUAAAACAGGAGUGGCUCUUCACAGAUUAGCAUUAUGACACAAAACAGACAGGAGGUGAAGAGGUGACGCGCUUCUUCCAUUGCUCAAGGUUUCCAAAUUUCAGCUGCCGGGGUUUUUAUUUUUAGACAUUUAUUAACGCGGAAGGCAAAAGGCGUGUGGAGCUCAGUCGUGGCUCUGAAUGUAUAUAAGCAGCUUCCAGAGAGAAGAGGCCUUUUGAAUGCGUUUGUUUGGAGGGCUGUUUUAGUUCCAACCUUACAGAAACCAAAGUUGGCUCACCUCCAUCCUGUCUGUUCAGUGUCCCUUCUGCUAUUAAUGAUGAUUCAGGCAACAAGUCCCACGUUGACCUGCCUGCCUCUGACAAACUGUGGCUUGUCACUUCAAUAGAAUACCAAAUAUUAUGAGCACUGUGUAAGUUUAUAAGGAAACGAAAAGCUUCCGUGCAAAAACACGCACAACAAAAGUGAAUGAGAUGCUUUUUUUUUCUUGGAUGCUUGGGGUUCACAACAUCAUUUUUUUUUUUUUUUUUUCUAUGAAAUAUAAUGGGAUGUAAAUGUUUACUCACCUUGAAAAAUAUUGCCAUUGCUAUUUUCAGACAGUACCUGGAAUGUAGAGCUAGGCUCUUCGUCAGCCAUAACCUUACCUGUUUUUAUUAAAUAGACCUCUUGGCAGA